AUGCAUCGAUUCAAUCGACUCCUUUCCUAUCAAAGUUCCAAAUGUGUGCUUCAAUAUUUGCCAGCAGCGUUGAGAUUCGAGUUUUCCAAUAGAUGCCCUGCAAUCCGUUCAACAGAUAACUCGACGCCUCUCCGAAUUCGAAACUUUCGUAUCAGUUUUCUAUCAUUAAGCGUUGAUAAUGUUCGAUACAAAGUAGGAGUCAUCAGACAGUACCAUAAUGGGAACACGAAGCAAUGUGAUAAGGAAAAUUCUGGUGGUGGUGCCAAGCAUGAUAUCGAUGAAUAUGGAUUGCUAGCAAACACGGAACCAUUCGAGCAAUGCCCAGAUGAAAUUAUUUUCUCAAACUGUGAGGUAGUUACUAAUCUUCAAGAAAUGCACGAAUUUAAUGAACGAACUGGGAGGAAUACAUUGGCGGAACUGGCAAAUGAAACAAAUCCGGAUUUUGAAAAGAUCCAAGAAAUGGAAGAAGUUCUCACACUUCACCAACUUAAACGAGAGAGAUCCGUUCCCCCUUUUUCUCGUUUUAUUCAACUACAAAUCUCCGUCCGUCACACAGUCAAACAUGUCGAACGUGUCGAGUAUAAACAGUCGGUGUACAACGCGAUGAAAUAUUUGGUUUGGAAGUUUUUAGCCAGAAGACAGACUAUCUUGACUCAACACUUUGGAUUUAACUGUCAAGAUAUUGUUUGUCUUCCACGAGAAUUGAGGGUGAUUACCAAGAACUUACACUUCAAAACAUGGACCACGAAUAUAUUUCAUCAGCUCCAGCCAUUCUUGCUUGCAGACAGUUUUCCACUGGAUUCAUUUAAAACUAAUGGUUGGGGAAUUAAUUUUAAUGACUCUAUCAUCCAAAACUCCAAAUUAUUACUUCUUCGUAACACCCUUGCCUUGGAUUUGAGAAGUGUCAAACAUUCGAACGUCCGCGACUUGGAUAAUGCAAGGUCUGAGAAUGGCGUUCUGGCAUUGCUCCGUCACUGGCUCGAGAAUGUGCCCAGUGUUGGCACAUCAUUCUCUUUAAACACGGUUUCUGACAUUUUAGCUGAAGAUCUUUUCAGAGGGAUUGAAAGUAUUCCAGGUGCAACUAUCCGGGAAAUUGCGAGUCGAAGACGCCUCCACUUCCCACUACAAGCUUUGAUCCGACUCAACGACUACUCGGAAGUGAAAGUAUAUUGCAAGUCUAGAAGUGACAACCGAAUGAAUCAAACGAUUAAUAUGAAGGUGCAGGAGAUUAGACGACCAGUUUGA